GGAGCGCGCACAGGGGGAAGACUUAUCGGUGCCGUGUGUGACGAGUACAGCUUAAGUUUACGCGUAUUGAGAGCAUUUUUAACGUAAACCAGACGCUAAAAAUCAACGAAAUGUUGUAAUUUGCUCAUAGAAGUAGUUUCAUUCUGUUGUUCGCGUGCGAGGCAUAUACAGCGAGACUUUCUGUGAACUAACCGUCCUGGGAGACAGCUCAACUUUGGGCUGACGGACCCUAUGUGGAUUUUACAGAAAAUAUGGAGCAGAUCCCCGGUGUCUUCUCGGGAGCGUUGCUAGUUCUGUUCUUCGGCUUCAUCCGGCUGUCUUCAGCUCUGCAAUGUAUGAACGAUAAAGCACCUUGUGUGAACAACGCUACAUGUCUGACAUUUGCCAAUGGCACAGAAUACUGCAGGUGUGCCCCAGGCUUCCUGGGCGAGUACUGCCAGCACAAGGACCCAUGUCAGCCUGGGUACUGCAUGAACGGAGGGAACUGCUCGGUGUCCAUGUCAGCUGGCGUCCCUGUCCCCAGCAGCGCCGUCUGUACAUGCCCGCUUGGCUUCACCGGACAGCACUGCCAGACGCCCCAGAACUCCACAUGUUACCCCAACAAUCCGUGUGCUAAUCGAGGUGUCUGCACCCUGCUGGCCCUCGACAAGUAUAAGUGCGAGUGUGCUAGAGGAUGGACGGGACCACGGUGUGAGUACGAAGACAGCUGUCUGUCAAGUCCCUGUGGCAACGGUGGAACCUGCAGUUCUCUGGCUGGUGGAAACCAACAGACAGAAAGCUUCAGGUGUUCCUGUCCUCCUGGCUACACAGGUCCACGCUGCCUUAAUGACACAAAUGAAUGUGUUGCCACACCCACAGUAUGCCAGAAUGAAGGAACAUGCAUCAACACCCCUGGCUCCUACAAGUGUAUAUGCGCCCCAGGGUUUACAGGUCCCCACUGUGAAAGUGCCUACAUCCCCUGCUCACCUUCUCCAUGCCUAAAUGGAGGCACCUGCCACCAGGGCACUGAAACCAGCUAUUCAUGCCACUGCCUUCCUGGUUUCAAUGGGACUAACUGUGAGAAAAACAUUGAUGACUGCCCUGGACACCAGUGUGCCAAUGGAGGCACAUGUAUGGAUGGAGUCAACACCUACAACUGUCAGUGCCCUCCAGAAUGGACCGGUCAACACUGCACGGAAGAUGUGGACGAGUGUCAUCUGCAGCCAAACUCUUGCCAGAACGGGGGGACUUGCAGCAACCUUAUUGGAAGCUACACCUGUGUUUGUGUUAAUGGCUGGAGUGGACCGGACUGCUCCGAAAACAUUGAUGACUGUGCUACAGCUGCGUGCAACGCAGGCUCUACGUGCGUCGACCGCGUUGCCUCUUUUUUCUGUAUCUGCCCUGUUGGAAAGACAGGUUUGCUCUGCCAUAGAGAUGAUGCCUGUAUCAGUAACCCCUGCAGAGCCGGCUCUCAGUGUGACACCAACCCCAUCAACGGCAUGUUCAACUGUAACUGUCCCCCCGGAUAUAUAGGCAGCACAUGCAACACCGACAGAGACGAAUGCAUCAUCGGUACCAACCCUUGUGAGCAUGGCGGCCAGUGUGUGAAUACAGAUGGCUCCUUCACCUGCAACUGUGUGAGGGGUUACUCUGGGCCACGCUGCGAGCAAGAUGUAAAUGAGUGUGCCUCAAACCCAUGCCAGAACGACGGCACUUGUCUCGAUCGUAUUGGGGACUACUCGUGUAUCUGCAUGCCUGGAUUUGAAGGAACUCAUUGUGAGAUAGAUGUGGACGAGUGUCUCAGCUCACCCUGUCUGAACCAGGGUAAAUGUCUGAACCAGGUCAGCCACUUUGUGUGCGAGUGCCCUGCAGGCUUUAGUGGUGACAUGUGCCAGAUAGACAUUGAUGAGUGUUCCAGCACGCCCUGUUUAAAUGGAGCCAAGUGUAUCGACAGGCCUAAUGGAUAUGACUGUGAAUGUGCCGAAGGCUUUACUGGUUUACUUUGUGACGAGAACAUUAAUGACUGUGAACCAAAGCCAUGCCACCACGGUACUUGCACAGACGGCAUUGCCAGUUAUUCUUGUGACUGUGAAGCUGGAUAUACGGGCUCCAUCUGCAACAUUCCUAUCCAAGAGUGCCUCAGCAACCCUUGUCAGAACCGGGGACGCUGCAUCGACCUUGUCAAUGGCUACCAGUGUAAAUGCCUGGCAGGAACUACUGGAAUACACUGUGAGAUCAAUGAAGAUGACUGUGAUGGUGACCCCUGUGGAAACGGAGAGUGCCACGAUGGCAUUAAUGAGUACAAAUGUGUUUGCUCCCCAGGAUAUACAGGAGAAAAAUGUAACAUCAACAUCAACGAGUGCAGCUCUAACCCAUGUAUGAAUGGGGGCAUCUGCGAGGACAUGAUCAACGGUUUCCACUGCCUGUGCCCACCCAGCACCCACGGCCCCCUGUGUCUCUCUGGGACCGACCACUGUGCUGGUCAGCCUUGUGUGCAUGGAGAAUGUGUUGAACAGCAACAAGGGUACCUGUGUGAGUGUGAAGCUGGCUGGGUGGGAAAGCACUGUGAGCACGAAAAGAAUGAGUGCCAGCCAAGCCCAUGCAAAAAUGGUGCCAACUGUGUGGAUCGACACAAUGGUUACACCUGUCAGUGCCAACUUGGUUUCACAGGUGUGAACUGUGAGACCAACAUAGAUGAAUGUGCGUCCAGGCCCUGUCUAAAUCGAGGCUUUUGCAUAGAUGGAGUCAACAGCUACACUUGCCGGUGUAGCUCACCAUUCACAGGCAAACACUGUGAGAUGGAGCAGGAUCCCUGCGCAUCUCAUCCAUGUGAGAGAGGAGGAGUGUGUCUUCCAUCUCCAGACUACACCUCUUACACUUGCCGAUGCCCCCCUGGUUGGCAAGGUCAGCGCUGCAGAGAGGAUGUGGAUGAAUGCAGAGAGAGUCCUUGUAAAAAUGGUGGCCAGUGCGUAAACAACCGUGGCAGCUACACAUGUCAAUGUCCACAAGGAUAUAGUGGACACAACUGUCAGACAGACGUCGAUGACUGCUCACCCAAUCCAUGUCUAAAUGGGGGCACCUGUGUGGACGGUGUUGGGAGCUUCUCCUGUGACUGCCGCCCAGGUUUCGAAGGGGAGCGCUGUGAGAUUGAGGUCGAUGAGUGUGCCAGCCAGCCAUGCAGGAAUGGGGCCAUUUGCCGGGACUACGUUAACAGCUUUGUGUGCCAGUGCCGACAAGGCUUUGAUGGAAUCCUGUGUGAUCAUAACAUACUUGAAUGUACUGAGAGCUCCUGCCUAAAUAACGGGACAUGUAUUGAUGGCAUCAACUUCUUCUCUUGCCGCUGUCGCCCUGGUUUUUACGGGGAGUUCUGCGAGUUCGAGAAAAACGAGUGCGACUCUCAGCCGUGUAAAAAUGGCGGAACUUGCACCGAUGGCCUGGGAACUUAUCGCUGCACCUGCCCAGUGGGAUACAAUGGACAGAACUGCCAGAGCCGUGUGAACCUGUGCACCAAGGUGGCCUGUCAAAACCGUGGUGUGUGCUCUCAGACGGGAACCUCCUGGACCUGCCACUGUAAACCGGGAUGGACGGGCAUUUAUUGUGACAUCCCAAACAUGUCUUGCCAGGAUGUUGCUGCCAAUAAUGGUAUCGAAGUGGAGAAUGUAUGUAAAAAUGCCGGAAGUUGUUAUAAUGUCGACAAUUCCCACAAGUGCCAGUGCCAAGCAGGAUUCACGGGCAGCUACUGUACAGAUAUGGUGGAUGAGUGCCAGUCGAACCCUUGUCGCAACGGUGCUACAUGCAAGGGCUAUCAGGGCACAUAUGAGUGUAUAUGUAAGCCAGGCUACCAGGGGGUCAACUGUGAGUAUGACGUGGAUGAGUGCCACUCCAAGCCCUGCUUCAAUGGAGGAACUUGUAUCAACCUCAUCAACCAUUUCAUGUGCUCCUGUCCGCCUGGAACUCAUGGACUCCAGUGUGAAGUGAAUGAAGACGACUGCGCCCCAAAGCCUGGCUCCUGGGAACCUCGCUGUCUGAAUGGAGGACAGUGUGUGGACGGUGUAGGCCGUUACACGUGCACCUGCCCUCCAGGAUUUACUGGUCAGCACUGUGAGGGAGACGUCAACGAGUGCCUGUCCAGACCCUGCCAUGCGUCCGGCACCCUUGACUGUGUGCAGCUGGUCAACGAUUACCAGUGCCGCUGUCGUCUUGGAUACACAGGUCGUCAUUGUGAGUCCAUGGUGGAUCUGUGUCUGUCUAAACCGUGCCAUAACGGGGGCAUCUGCCACAUGAAUAUGAGCUCUGUUCAUGGCUACACGUGCUCCUGUUCUUCUGACUUCACUGGGCCAAACUGUAUUGAACUGGACUUCAGCUGUGCACAGCUACGUUGCCAGAAUGGUGGGCACUGUGCUAAGUUACCAAACGGCCACCUGUACUGCAGCUGCCCAGACGGCUUCAGCGGGCCGCGCUGCGAGAACCAACCAACAUGUCCCUGCCUAAACGGAGGGAUCUGUAUCACAGAUCCUUCCAACCUGCACCAGUACACCUGCCGCUGUCCUGUGCACACCUCUGGACAACACUGUGAAAACAGGAAGAAACAUGAAACAUGCCCCUAUGAGCAGUGUAAGAACAGUUCAAAGGAUAAAGUGUGUGAUGACCAGUGUAACAAUCAUGAAUGCCAGUGGGACGGAGGAGAUUGUUCACUUAACUGGCCAAAUCCUUGGGCUGACUGCACUGCCAAUGUUCCUUGCUGGCAUUUCUUUAAGAACGGAAAAUGUGAUGAGGCGUGCAACAACCCUGGGUGCCUCUUUGACGGCUUUGAAUGCCAGAAGACGCCAACGACCUCCUGCAAGUAUGACAUAUACUGUGCAGACCACUACGGUAACAAAAUCUGUGACAAGAGCUGCAACACGGAGGCUUGUGGCUGGGACGGCCUGGACUGUUCUGACAGUCCAGCUGAAGUAGCAGAGGGCAUGCUGGUUAUUGUGGUCCGGUUGCAGCCUGAGGAGCUACUUGGUGACUUAACAGGUUUCUUGCGCUCCUUGGGGGCCCUGCUACACACCAAUCUGCAGGUGAAGCUGGACGGAGAUAAAAAACCAAUGGUGUACCCCUACUAUAAGGAGCAUGAAAAGCAAGGGUAUGCACACAACAGCAGAAGCAAGCGGGAGACAGAGAAGGAGGUCAUAGGUUCUGUGGUGUACUUGGAGAUUGAUAACCGCGAAUGUUCUCAGACCUCUGACAACUGUUUCUCCAACACUACGGAGGCAGCAUCCUUCAUAGCAGCAGCACAUAUCAAGGCUGAACUGCCUUACCCUCUAGUGUCUGUUACCAGUGAACCGACGAUUAAACCUCCAUUUAAUUGGAUGUACGUGGUUGGAGCCGCUGUGUUCGUUGUUCUACUGGCCAUGGCGCUGGGAGUGAUGGCAGCCAAGAGGAAGCAUAAACAUGGUGUGCUGUGGCUGCCUGAUGGCUUUCUGGCAAAUAAAAAUGACAAGAGGAGAGAGCCUGUUGGACAGGAUGACUUUGACAUGAAGAAUUUCAAGAGCCAGGAUGGAGCAAUGAUUGAUGGAGGUCAGCGUUGGCUAGAAGAUGAGGCGCCAUCCAAGAAACCAAGGACUGAAGACAAACCUUUGCUGCCCAUGGCUAUGGAUGGAGGUGUUGACCGAAGAGAGUGGACCCUGCAGCACCGUAAGGCAGCAGACAUCACACUCACACCUCCACAGGCCGACCUCGAUGCCGACUGUUUGGAUGUUAACGUCAAAGGACCCGAUGGUUUCACCCCACUCAUGUUGGCAUCACUGCGCAGCGGCGGAGGCCCAGACUGCAGCCUACACGGAGAAGAGGAGGAGGAGAGUGGAGGAGAUGAACCCGGGCCGAGUGUCAUUUCAGACCUGAUUACUCAAGGUGCUUCCCUGAUGGCCCAGACUGACCGCACAGGCGAAACAGCGCUCCACCUGGCCGCCCGCUACGCCCGGGCUGACGCCGCUAAGCGACUGCUGGACGCUGGAGCUGAUCCCAACGUCCACGACAACAUGGGCAGGACUCCUCUACAUGCCGCUGUGGCAGCCGAUGCACAGGGAGUCUUCCAGAUUCUGAUCCGUAAUCGUGCCACAGAACUGGAUGCCCGGAUGAAUGACGGCACUACUCCUCUGAUCCUGUCAGCCAGGCUAGCUGUGGAGGGCAUGGUGGAGGAGCUGAUCCACUGCCACGCUGACAUCAACGCUGUGGACGACCACGGCAAAUCUGCUCUGCACUGGGCAGCUGCAGUUAAUAAUGUGGAGGCCACUCUGGUGCUUUUAAAGAAUGGAGCCAACCGUGAUAUGCAGGACAAUAAGGAGGAAACUCCACUGUUUCUGGCGGCCAGAGAAGGCAGCUUUGAAGCCGCUCAGGUCCUCCUUGACCACUACUCCAAUCGUGACAUCACAGAUCACCUGGAUCGUCUGCCCCGCGACACCGCCCAGGAGCGCAUGCAUCAUGACAUAGUUCGUCUUCUGGACCAGUACAACUUGGUUCACAGUCCUCACAGUGGGCCCAACCACAUGGGAGCAGGAGGAAAUGCCUGCAUCAUGAGUGGGGCAAAUGGAGCCAGCUACAUCGGCAUGCGCCCCGGGCCGCAGGGGAAAAAGAGCAGGAGGGGUGGAGGUGGAGCGAAGAUAGGAGGUGUUGUCGGAGGAGCGAAGGAGCUGAAAGACAUGAAGGCAAAGAGAAGAAAGAAGCCUGCUGGAGGCGAGGGACCAGGUGCAGGCGCUGGAGUGGGAGGAGGAAGUGGGGGAAGUUCGGGAGGAGGCGGCGUGAAUGGUGUGAAGGCAGCAGGAGGACUUCCAGAGAGCUCUGUCACCAUGUCUCCUGUUGAUUCCUUGGAAUCCCCACACUCAUACACAGGCGACGUGUCGGCAGCCAUCUCCACCACCGCAAAGUCUCCUCCCAUUCUUAGCAGCCCCUCCUCCAGACAAAUGCUGCCCCCUGUCAGCCACAUGCUGGGACAGCAGCCCGGCUGGGUGAGCAUGACCAAGCACGGCUACAGCGGCCACAUGUUUGGCCUCGUACCUCACCAGAUGGCAGGCUCUCACCCCGGCAUGAGUCAACACCAUGGCCAGGGCCCGAUGCUCACUCCCAUGAAUGUCACCAUGAGCAGGGACCAGCUGCCGCCCAUCGUCACAUUCCAGAUGAUCACCUCUGGAGGAGGCCAGGCCCUGCUGAAGCAGCCUCAGACGAGUCAGGUGCAAAUUACACAGUCCCACGGGCAGAGCCAGAGUCAGGGGCACUCCCAGCAGGGGCCAGGCAACGCCCAGUACCCGCAGAGCAUGAUGUACCAGAUGCCCGACCAGAUAAGCAUGCCGCACGGGACGCUGCAGCACCCCCACAGCGUCGGCCACGGAGGAAUCGACGGCCAGUCUCGACCUCUUCCCUCCUACCCGCCUAUGCAGAGCCCUGUGGAUAAAUACCCCACCCCCCCCUCCCAGCACAGCUACACCACGGCUGGCUCAGAUGGCACCACCCCUGGCCACUCGGCCCACCCGCCCAGCGAGCACCCGUAUCUCACCCCUUCGCCCGAGUCCCCGGACCCAUGGUCGUCCUCUUCGCCGCACUCCAAUUCGGACUGGUCUGACGUCACCACCAGCCCCACCCCCCUGGGGAACCCCCACCACGCACUGCCCUCAUCGCGUCACACGCACAUUCCAGAGCAGGUGCAGCUACCGCCACAGCCGCAACAGAUGCAACAAGCCCCUCAGCAGCCUCAGAUUGGAAACAUGCAGGUGUUUGCGUAGGCCGAGCAGAGGAAAAGCCCCAAAAGACAUUUGACAUUUGGGUUGUGUGUAGUUAAAUGGCAACACAUAGUAACUGCAACACUUUUCUUCUUCUUCCCUCUACAGUUUUUAGUACAAAUCACAUAAUCUGCCAUUUUUGUUUUCUUUCCUUUGCAAUUACAAAGACUGUGUAUGGAUGCUAAAACGUUAUUCUGUAUCAGCUAGUAAUCAGUUCUCAGAACCAAAAAGCCCUUCUCUGUGUAGUAGCUUCAAGUCGGGACGUCAUAGUGCCUCCUUUGUCACCCAAACACCAACUGCUAAUGGAGGGAUCGUGGAGGAACAGGCGACACGUGGUCAUUUGGUAUCGCAUUGGAAAACAGACUGUGGAAGUGGACAGUGAGAGAGCUGUGGACAGUCUGCAUCGUCUGGCUGUCAUGGACAUCUGUCAAUACUAACUCCUCAAACCAUUGACUCUACUUUUUUAUAUGGUGUAAGUUGAUGCUUUAUUAUCAGUACCUUCAGUUGUUGUCUUAUUGUUUUUUACUCGAGCUUCAUUGUGUUUAAAGGGGAGUUUAUUACAAAGAUGUUUCAUGAUUAGUAAGUCAAUCACAAAAAUGAUUAGCAUAGAUAUUUAAAAGGUUCAUUAAAUGCAAUCUUUAGUGGCAACUGAUAGGUGAUCAGUGUAUUUUUACUGCGCUUUGAAGAAAGCAUAGUUUGAAUGGACACUGCCUCAUGCUUAGUUGUGAUGUCACAGACGUUGUCACUGUGCUUCCUGUUUUGUUGAGGGAUUAAUUCAGACGCUUGACAAACUUUAUGCAAAUCCAUAUAUUAGUUUUGAUAUACUUGUUACCGUUUUGUCAUUGGAUUUAGUUGUUGUAUAAUGAAACAUGUACAUAGACCCAAAGCACAUUCUGCUUAUUGUUACUGAGCAAAAUUUGGCAAAGAUGUGUUUAGUUUUAAAAUAUUAGUUUUUUUAUACGAAUAAUGUUGGCACUUCUUGAUUCUGAAUGUUACAGAGGUGCAUGUUUUUACAUUCUAACCUGCCACUGUCAGUUUCUAUUCCAGAAAAAAUAUUUACCGUUUUGCUAAUCAGUGUACCUCUUCAGCUUUUUAAUUGUCGUGAUUCAAACUCAUUUCUAGAGGUAAGAUAUGUGGGGGAAAAAGUAAUCCUUUAGUCUUCCUAGAGCACUGAGGAACAUCUGUGACUGCUCAGUUAACAGACAAUCAAACACUGCUUUGAACACUUUGGAACCUUAAAAAAAAAACACCUGUCUUUAAUAAUUAUUGUUUUGUUCUGCCAAAAAAGGACGUGUAAAAAGUUAAAGAAAUCGACAUUAUAAAUGUUACAUUUGCCUUCAGUUACUGUGGUUUUGUAAACAUAAUCAAAUGAACAUGUUUCGUCAAUAAUCCCAGUGUCUAACACUUUCACGUUCUCUGUACUGUGGUGUCCCUGCAGUUUCACAAACACCUGUACUGCUAAUUCAGAUACAGUGCACAAUGCUGUGCAUGACAUUUCCAGUAUAUAUGCAAGGUCUUACUGUAUGUUCUGUAUAUAAAACAGUUUAUCGUACUUUCUCGUGCUAACCAAAUAGUAUAUCUGCAAUAUGAAGUAGUUGUCACCAAGUUAUAAGGUAUAAGACUAAAACUGAAACAGUAAAUUGUCUGUUGAAAAAUGAAAAUGUGAUCAACCAAACCUGCUCACCAAAAUAAAGGCCAAAUCUUCUCA